AUGUUUUUCAUUAAUCUUGGAAACAUCUUAACUAAGGACAAGACGCGUCUUUCUCUCCGUGCUCGUCAUCUUUGCUCGGAUUUGUUUCACGGGAAUCGACUUCAGCGUGAUGAGGAGAUUGCAGACGGCGACGGCGAGAAUAUUGGAGCAAGAGACGGCGUCACAGCCGUGGAAGAAGAGACGGAGUUCGGCGGCGGCGGUUGUUGGGGUGGUGAUCUGUUUGGUGGGGAUGGCGUUGAUGAUGAUGAUGAUACCAAUCCUUUGUCGUCUAGUUUGCACUUUAUGGGGAAGAAUACUAUGAUGAAACGUUCGGUUGAGAUUCACGCUAAGAAUACUGGAAAUACUGGGAUUCUCAAUCUCAUACUCCUCUUUCAGGGAAACGUUGGUUUGAUCUUCACCAAGGGAGAUUUCAAGGAAGUGAGCGAGGAAUUUGCCAAGUACAAGGUUGGUGCUCCUACUCGUGUGGGUUUGGUUGCGCCAAUUGAUGUGGUUGUCCAGCCUGGCCACACUGGUUUAGAUACCUCUCAGACAUCUUUCUUCCAGGAACCUGUGAAGACAAGGGAUGCUAGGGUUAAUGGUGCUCUUAGACGUAGCAAGUUGCUAGCAACGGUGUACGUCCUAAAAGGCUAA